AAAAAAAGUAAGUAAAGAAAAAGGCGCUUCAUUUGCAUAUCGCCGUGCUCUCUUCUGCAGGUGUUUGCUUGGGCGGACCACGUGCUCGCGCACACUGUGGCGAGAGUACGGGUCCCCCCUCCUAUCAUAACGGAGUUAUGACUUUGAAUUCGAGCCCCACGGAGUUGCACUGUUGCGUGUGUGGGUUUUAUAUGGUGAAUAUUUACCUUGGCUAUAGUCUCUGAGCCGCGGCUUUGAAUGCCUGUCGGUGUACACAUUAACCCCAUAAUGAGGCAGAUGGCUCGAGGUCCCUAUGGCUUUUAGAAGGAGAUGGCUCACGGGGGUGAAGGCGAGGUCGGGGACUUCAGGGGGUGAAAGGGUUAGAGUGGACACCAAGGCUGAACUUUCUCCUUUGCUGUUACAAUAGAUUUUCAUCGCUAAAAUGUGAAAUAAGGUGUAUAGUUUAUAUGCGAAGAAAAAGCUGAUUAAUUUAAGCGUUAAAUUAUUAGCGGUUUUCAUAGUUUAAUCUGGACAUGGAUGCUAAUGUGCGUCAGUGCAAGAAGUUCGGCACAAUUAAUACCAAGCAGCAAUCAAAAUGAACUGAGAGAGAAGAAAAGAGCGAGGCAAGUUGAAAAAAGAGCUGAAAAUGGCAGAGGCCCAUUUGAAAAAUUGCCAGAGCUUUGACUGCCAAACGCUAGGGGUGCUACAGAUUUCUUUGAUAUGAUACAAAUUUUUUAUGCACAUUCUAACUGCUCAGUGAAUGGAAAAUGAUUUUCCUUCGUUCUAGAAUAUUUCGAUGCUAUUCGAUAUCAUUUGAGACAAUUAUUAAAUCAUUCAUUUCGUGUAUACACUGAAAUCAAGUUAAUAAUCAUUUAAUACUAUUUUUUUGCCUUUGUCGCUUAAACUGCAGCAGAACAAAGACUCAUGAAACAAUAAACCCUCCAGAUUUAAGAUUUGUAGAUUAAGAUUUGAUAUAGACAUUUACUGAAUCUUUACUUAAUUGUACCUAUCAUUUGAAAAAACGAAAAGGACAAAUAAAUGUUUAAAUAUAUAUUUUUAAAUUAGCUGUUUGGUAUUGUUUUAGUGUUUGGCGGUAAUUACGAAAAUUAUGAUUUAUUGUUAUGGUUCUUGUUAACUUUAUAUAUUUUGACGUGUAUAUGUAGAGCAUGUACAAAAAAUACAUGUAGUAUUUUUUAUUUUCGCUAAGCUAUGAAAUGUGGCAAACGAAAUGUUUUACUGACGUGACAAACCGCUUUCUGCUCUAAUAAAUCAUGUAUAAUGUCGAUGGUUUUAAAUAGCAAGUAUAGUAUCGAAAUAUUAAUCUGUUUUCGUUUUAUUUAAUUUUUUUCAAUAUCACAAUAUCCUCUGUUCUACUGCUAGAAUUAAAUGAGGAAAUCUUACCUUUUCUGCACAUAUAAAAAACAUCCUGGAAUUAUCGGUGCAUCCCCAAAACAAAGAGAAACUCCAUAGAUCAAAUUAUAAGUUCUUUAUUUCAGAGCGAUUUUCAUGAAAUGAUAGACCGAGUGUUUGGGGAGAGAAACGCUUGUUUAAGGAGUCAUAAAAUGAGUGCUUGGUGUCAGGGGGUUAAAGAACUAUUGGUAUUGUCCUAUGUGCAUAUUUUAUUGUUUUAUACCCUCUCACCUCGCUAUUUAUUCGCCGUUUGACUGGUGUUUGCCGGCAGCAAACAGAGCUGACCUGCCAUAAAACCCACAUGUUUUAUUCCAGUGGCUGUUCCAGCUUUCUUUGACCUUUAUUGAGAUCUGUCUUGGUCGCAUUUACUUUCUGGCCUGUACGCGCAUUGUGUGUUAGAUUCUAAGAACCUAUUUUAGGAUUCAAGACUGUAAUGAAUAGAUGUUAUAUAGUUGUUUUAGUCCCAGCCUAUAAUUGCAUAUUUUAUUAAUCUUUAACAUUAAUGUAGUUUUGUUUUUCUUUCAGUUUUUUAAACGUUUUUGACAGAAAAUUAGCACAUUAGACGACAAAGUUGUGCGCUUCGACUGUUCCGUAUAUAUUGAAGAGACAAAGACAAAGAGUCGACGGUAGGAAAAUGUUUCCAGGUCAUAGAUCGGGGAAAAAAGUUAAUUUUCCUCUCUUAGGCUGUGUGUUUUGUUGCUAUCUAGGGGAGAAAUGUACAAAAAAAAAAAAAAAAAACAAAACAAAAAAAACUCCAGUGUUUACCACAAACCAUUAGCAAAGUUUAUAAAAGAAGCACCGAUCCAUUAAGUGGCGAGACAGAUUGCUGAUAUCCUUGGAGGCAGACUGUUCCAGGUGCAACAACUUGACACUGGGAAGGCGCUGUCAAGGUGAGCAGGCUCUCUCAAUACCUGUCAAGAAGAUACCUGUCAUCUAUAUAUACCCUGUAGAUCCGGAUUUGUGUAAACAGACGCACAGUCACAAAUUCGUAUCUAGGGGAGUAUGUAGUUGAUGUAUAGGCUACAUUCAACUUCAACGGGCAAAGAAGAUGAUAUUUUAACUUUUGGUUUGUCAUUGUUAUUAAUAUUACGACAGUUUGGUAGUGAAAUAUUGUAGCAGGAACGAAAGUUUUUUUUUCUUAGCUACUACAUUUUUUUUCUGUAAAUGUAAGAUUUAAAGGGCGUUCAUGAUGUCACGUAUUUUGUGAGACUUUUAAAGAAUUUGAAAUGAGCAAAAGAAGUUUGUUGAGAUCUGCACUGAUUAAUAAUCAUCUGAAUGCUGUGUUUAAGUAUCACUAUCGGUAAACAACGAGAAAUAUUUGCUGCUGGUGUUAAUAGUGAAUUGAGCACAUAAAUUACUAUUCAUUGUGUGUAGAAUUGGCAUACAGGAUAAACGCGCUGUUUGGAGUGGAAUGACUGCAGACUACGUUUAAAUGCAGAAGGUCUCCUUUGUGAUUUAGGAGGCUUUGUAACCUGAAUUAGUUGAUGAAUUUUCUAUCGAUCUUAAACAAGCCCAGAUUCAUCUCUGACACGCUGCUCACGCCACGACCAUUCUCUCACCGUUAUUAGCGAGUGCAUUUAAGACCUUGGCCAAGGCGAUUUCCUUGCAUCACUUUCCCCUGGUACCGCGUUUCAUGAACACCAGCCAAAAUUUAGCAGUAUUUUAGUUAGCCAAAUCUGAACAGUUCUUUAUAGAGGUGUAGUCAUGUUCUCAGUGUGCAGAUGAACUGAGGGGGACUGGGGGCGUGACUUUCUGUAGGGCUGGUAGAAUCCAGCAUGCCUUUUCGCUGUGUCUGCUUUCGCUUGUUAUUGUUUUGAUUCACACACUAUCUCAUCAAGCGCACUGCAACGUAUGAGAAAGUAUGGAAUUUUGGACUAUUCCGAAAUGUGAGUUGAUGAGCGCGAUCUAAACUGACUAAUCCCAUUUCCUUAUCCGGGAAUCGCGAAGAUCCACGCCAUUGGCUGACGAUGUCACAUGGACCCUUAACUUUGUUCACUUGACAGAAAGUAGGAGGGUUCAACGAAACAGGAAAACGAGUAAAGGGAUACAUAUAAAUUUUAGUAUAUUUUGUGUGCAAUUCAAAGAAAUUAAUGGCCAUGAGUUCCUAUUUGAUCAACUCCAACUAUGUGGACCCUAAGUUUCCACCCUGCGAGGAAUAUUCCCAGAGCGACUACCUACCCAGUCACUCUCCGGACUACUACAGCGCCCAGAGGCAAGACCCCUCGUUCCAGCAUGAGCCGAUCUACCACCAGCGGUCGGGCUGCGCCGACCCACCCUACUCAUCGUGCCAGGGUCCGGGGCAGCCUGCCGCGGUCAUCUCUCCACGAGGUCACGUUCUACCCACAACCGCACUCUCAACCCCUCUCCCUGAACCAAGCCAUCACUGCGACUCGGUAACUCCAAGCCCUCCGCCUGCCUGCGGUCAGACUCCUACUAGCCAAAACACUUCAACGGUCACCUCAAGAAAAGAUCCCGUGGUAUACCCCUGGAUGAAAAAAGUCCACGUAAACAUCGUGAGCCCGAACUAUUCAGGGGGUGAACCAAAGCGCUCACGCACAGCAUACACGCGGCAGCAAGUCCUGGAAUUGGAGAAAGAGUUCCAUUACAACCGCUAUCUGACCCGCAGACGGAGGGUGGAGAUUGCCCAUACACUAUGCCUAUCCGAACGACAGAUUAAGAUAUGGUUUCAGAACCGGCGCAUGAAGUGGAAGAAGGACCAUAAGCUUCCCAACACCAAAAUACGCAGCAAUUCUGCCAACACUAAUUCAAGCGGCGGCCCGACAUUGGGCAGCAAUCAGAACCGAGCCAGUGGACCUCCGCCAAGUCUAUAGCCCUCCACUGUUGACCAAAACACGUACAAUUAUAAAAUCUAAUUUUAUGGAGUGUAGAACGUGGAUUUUACCCGCGUUAUGUCUCCUUACUCUCCCUGCACUCUAAUUACAGGGAUAAAACACAAGGAAGAUGUGGGGGGAAGGAGCAAAGAAAAUGUUCAUCUUUUAAACACUAAAAAUGGGUGAAGAGACUGAAGACUCGAACUCAAAUGCUACUAUAGAUGGGUUGCCUUCCCAGUCUGGUUCCCAUUUUAUCCCGCACGCCUUUUCCUGCUCACUCGCCCCUUCCAUAAGCACAGAAGGCGGCAGAUAGUUUUCAGAUUGGGUGAAGAUGGAUCCGUGUUUCAUCUUUAAUCACGCCAAACUCGGCCCCAUUUGUCAUGUUUACUCUGUGGUACAAAGGAUGAACCGUAGGCCUGCCCAUUACCUCGACGUCUAGCGUUGUGCUUAAUAAAUGAGUCGCUCUGUUUUGUCAAGAAGCCUUUUCUAACUCCCUUUAUUCCCCUGGCUUAAAAAUAACUAGCCGAGUGUUUUUCAACUGAUAUGAAGUUUUGUAUUUUGUAGCAAUUAGGUUAUUUUGCAUUUGCUAUUUGCAUCUCGAAUGCAAUGCCAAUGGGACUGAGGGUUAUUGUGCGUGUGGUCCAUUUGUCGCUCAUUACAAAUACAGGGACUUGUUUCACUCUCCUGUUUAGCGCAUUUCAGUUUAAGAACAGCAAAUUACUAAUUAGUUGUUAGUCAUAUUAAAUAUAAUAUAAAGGUUCAAUGAAGCUGGAUGGCUAGAUAUGUAUAACCAAAACCGGUACAACGCAAAGCAUUUUAAUGAGAGCACUGCUAAGUACUAUUUAAAUUACCUCAAUUGUAUUUUUUGUCUAGUUUUAUGAAGUGAUCAGAUUAAGUUCUUUUGACUUAAUGGCAAAUAUCUGCAAUAGCUAAACUCAGCAUUUGUUUGUAAGUUGAAAUGAAAUUUAAGUUAAGUGUGGCCAGGGUUGUAUAGAGAAAAGGUGCGUAUAUUGCAUGAGUAAAUACACUAUAUUUUCCUUUAUUCUUUUUUUAUGUCACCCUCGUUUUGUUUUAUGGUACAUAGACAUGCGCACAUACCACACUUUUUCUUUCUUUCUUUCUUUCUUUCUUUCUUUCUUUCUUUCUUUCUUUCUUUCUUUCUUUCUUUCUUGCUGUCUCUUAUCAAUUUUACAUUUUAUUAUAUAUUUUUUUACAUUCCAAAGAUCAGUUUUCUCGCUGAUGAAUUGUAAAUUUCCCCUUUUACAUGUUUGUAUUUUGUCUUUUUUCUGCUUGUACCUUUCACUGUUUACCUUUGUUACAUGUAAAUAGCCCUAGAAAUUUAAUAAAUGGCGGAAAAGUAUAAUCUUUC